AUGCCAGAGUCAUCAUCCUCUCUCGAGGACCGAACAUCAGAUCUGACCUCCGUUGCGUCGAGCGGGCUUCGGUCCGUGAGAUCAAACUCGGGCGGCAUACACACAGAAAAGGAACAUGAUGGGCAUCGGCACUGCCGCUGUGAUGGCGAUCUACAGCAGACUGCGUCUCGCACCAGCGGAAGGAGCAAUCUGCCCGAGAUCGCGAGGACAGAUACUAUGCUGGCCAGGUUGCGUUCAAGAACGUCGGUGCCCCGGUUUACACACCCUCUAAGUCGGGCAAAGACGACGGAGGCUGAACUUGUCGACUUCGACGGGCCUGAUGACCCGUAUCACCCCCUAAACUGGAAUACGCAUAAGAAGGUCUCCACGACGUUGCUCUACGGCCUGGUGACAAUGACUGCCACAUGGGCAUCAUCCUCGUACUCAGCCGGAACGCAGAAGGUCGCGGACGAGUUCCAUGUUGGCUCGCAGGUUGCAGUGCUGGGCACGUCGCUGUUCCUGGUUGGCUUUGGCCUGGGUCCUCUUCUUUGGGCGCCCCUUUCUGAAGUAUACGGACGCCGGACCGCCGUGCUCGCCCCCAUGUUCAUAGCGACCUGCUUCUCCUUUGCAACCGCAGUGGCCAAAGACUUGCAGACAGUCAUGAUCACAAGAUUUUUCGGCGCCUUCUUUGCCGCCGCGCCCGUCACCAACACUGGCGGUGUCCUUGGAGACCUGUUUUCGCCAGCGCAACGGGGGAUCGCAAUGGCUGGAUAUGCCAUGGCGGUCGUCGGAGGCCCGACCUUGGGACCUAUCGUUUCGGCCGCCGUCGUGGCUCAGCCGUGGCUUGGGUGGCGAUGGACCGAGUACAUCUCUGGUAUCCUCCAGGGGUUUGUUCUAUUCAUGGCUAUCAUCUUCGUGGACGAGUCUUAUCCCCCAAAGCUGCUCGUCUACAAGGCGCGGAGGUUACGUCACGACACCGGCAACUGGGCGCUUCAUGCCAAGUUUGAGGAGUGGGAUGUCAGCAUUGCCGAGCUAGGGAGGAAGUUUCUUGUUCGUCCUGUGCAGCUUCUAUGCACACCGAUUUGCUUCUUGGUGGCAAUAUACGCGAGCUUUUGCUACGGCAUCCUAUACAUGCAACUUGGUGCCGUCCCUAUCAUAUUCGGGGAGCUUCGGGGUUGGAACAGUUUUCUUGCCGAAUUGCCCUUCCUAGCAGUCAUGCUCGGUUCUUUGUCCGGUGCUGUCAUCAACAUCAUUAAUCAGCUUUACUACAAUAGAGCUUACCAUGCGGCUGGCAACCGCGCAGUCCCCGAGAAACGACUUCCACCCAUGAUGUUGGGUUCUGUCCUCUUCGCUGGAGGUCUGUUCAUCACCGGUUGGACAGCCGAUCCAGGUGUGGUUCAUUGGAUUGUGCCGGUUAUUGGACUGUAUCUAGUCGGUACCGGAUUCAACACCAUUUUCCAAGCGGCAUUAAAUUACCUGGUCGACACGUUUCAGAUGUAUGCCGCGAGCGCGGUCGCUGCCAACACCUUCUUGAGGAGCAGCUUUGCAGCAGCUUUUCCGCUCGUCGUGUCACCCCUCUACCAUAAUAUCGGGGUCGGGCCUGGAACUAGCAUAUUUGCUGGCUUUGCCUGUCUCAUGAUUCCCGUACCGAUAGUCUUUUACUGUUUUGGGAAGAGGAUACGGGCAGCUAGCAAGUGGAGCAAGGCGAGUGUCUUUUGA